AUGCUCUGGAUGACCAUCACGAGCUGGCAGAUCUGGGCCUUCGUCGCGCUCGCGCUCUACGCUGCGUUUCAGCUGCACGUGCUGCCCCGACCGCUGGCCAAAGUCGCGGCCCGCGUGUUCUUUUACCCCACGUGGCCACUCACGUACUUGUCGCGGCGUCGGAACUACUGGACGCUCGUGGACGCGCAUGUCCUGCUGGGGGCUGCACCAAUGGCGUUCCUGCCGCACGUCGACGCCCUCGUCGCCCGGGGGGUGCGCGCCGUUGUCAAUCUCUGCGACGAGUACAGUGGCCCCGUGCGCCAGUACAAGAGGCACCACGUCCAGCAGCUUCGACUGCCAACGAUUGACCACUUUGAGCCGUCGCUCGAGGCGUUGGAAGCUGCGGUCGCGUUCCUUCAGGUGCAGCAGCAACGGGGAGUGCGGACGUACGUGCACUGCAAAGGCGGCAGUGGACGCAGCGCUGCCGUGGCCUUGUGCUGGCUCGUGGCUACGCGACAGAUGGACCCGCGGGAAGCUCAGGCGUACUUGAGCGAGAAGCGCCACGUGCGCAAGGGGCUCUACUUGCAGCCAAACGUGCGUGCGUUCUGCAAUAAGGUUCGGCCGUUGCCCGGGAGGAACCAGCAGGAAGACAAGGGCAAGACAAUGGACGGCAAACAGGGACAAGAGGCCAAGAGGAACGCGACGGGUUGA